AAGGCCGGCCUUCUUCUCAACCACAGUCCCACCACCACCGCCAUGUUGGGAGCCGUGUCUCGGGCUUGUUCCUCUCUUCUGAAGGCGGCCAAACCUGCCUUAGCCGCCAACAACCUUCAACAUGUAGGCAGCAAGACUCUCCCUGCAUUCUUCCCAGCACAGCGCAAGUAUGCUGCUAAGGCUGAGGCUGCCACCCAGACCGGCACUCCCACUGGCAGAAUUGUGGCUGUGAUUGGUGCCGUGGUGGACGUACAGUUUGAUGGAGAGCUUCCACCAAUCCUCAACUCUCUGGAGGUGGAGAACCGCUCCCCUCGCCUGGUGCUGGAGGUUGCCCAGCAUUUAGGAGAGAAUACUGUGCGUACCAUUGCUAUGGAUGGUACAGAGGGUCUGGUGCGAGGCAAUGCUGUGAAGGACACCGGCAGCCCCAUCUCCAUCCCUGUUGGACCAGGAACACUGGGUCGCAUUAUCAACGUCAUUGGUGAGCCAAUUGAUGAGCGUGGCCCCAUCCCAACGGAGCACUUCUCUGCUAUCCACGCUGAGGCUCCUGACUUUGUGGAGAUGUCUGUGGAGCAAGAGAUCCUGGUGACUGGCAUCAAGGUGGUGGAUCUCCUUGCCCCCUACUCAAAGGGUGGAAAGAUUGGUCUGUUCGGUGGUGCCGGUGUGGGCAAGACUGUACUCAUCAUGGAACUGAUUAACAACGUUGCCAAGGCUCACGGUGGCUACUCUGUGUUUGCCGGUGUUGGAGAGCGCACCCGUGAGGGCAAUGAUUUGUACCAUGAAAUGAUUGAGUCUGGUGUCAUCUCCCUGAAGGAUGACACCUCCAAGGUAUCCCUGGUGUACGGUCAGAUGAAUGAGCCCCCAGGUGCCCGUGCCCGUGUGGCUCUGACUGGACUGACUGUUGCUGAAUACUUCCGUGACCAGGAGGGACAAGAUGUGCUGCUCUUCAUCGACAACAUCUUCCGCUUCACCCAGGCUGGCUCUGAGGUGUCUGCCUUGUUGGGUCGUAUCCCAUCUGCUGUGGGUUACCAGCCAACCCUGGCUACUGACAUGGGUAGCAUGCAGGAACGUAUUACCACCACUAAGAAGGGUUCCAUCACCUCUGUGCAAGCUAUCUAUGUGCCUGCUGAUGACUUGACUGACCCUGCCCCAGCCACCACCUUCGCUCACUUGGAUGCCACCACUGUGCUUUCUCGAGGCAUUGCUGAGCUGGGCAUCUACCCCGCUGUGGAUCCCCUCGACUCCAUCUCCCGUAUCAUGGACCCCAACAUCAUUGGCCAUGAGCACUACAAUGUUGCCCGUGCUGUCCAGAAGAUUCUUCAGGACCACAAGUCACUGCAGGAUAUCAUUGCCAUCCUGGGUAUGGAUGAAUUGUCUGAGGAGGACAAGCUGACUGUGGCUCGUGCUCGUAAGAUUCAGAAGUUCCUCUCCCAGCCUUUCCAGGUGGCUGAGGUCUUCACUGGCUAUUCCGGAAAGUUUGUCUCUCUGGAAAAGACUAUUUCUAGCUUCAAGGAGAUUCUGGCUGGCAAGUAUGACAAUCUUCCUGAGGCUGCCUUCUACAUGCAGGGUGACAUUCAGGAUGUGAUAGAAAAGGCAGAACAACUGGCAGCCCAAGGAAGCUAAACAGGAAUCCAGCAUUUAUGUACAGAUAUUACGUUCCAAUAUAAUAAUUCUCUGUGUAGAGUACUAAGCUCAGAGAACUGUUAAGACUAUGGCAAAACAUGGGUGUCCUAUUGAAGGAUACAGUGGUGUUGUAUAGAUUCAAGUGAAAAUGUAAAUUUAUAUAAAUAAAUUUAAAAGUAAA